CCUUUAGUACUCAAUGGAUCGUCCCUGACGACGGAUCGGUCUGACGGAGCGUUGAGCUUUAUCACUGUUCUCAAUAUCGAUGAUUGUUCGAUGAAAUCUGGCUGGCAAAAAUGAAUUUUUCAAAACCAUCGAAAGUCUGAGCUUAUCCGGAUGUUUUUGAUGAACUUUUCAACAUCGAGUUCCAACGAUUAAGAUUUUUCCUUGUGUACGGGACGUUGAUGUAAUUCAUGGGAAAUAUGUAAGUGCGAAAAUUUUCGUCGACUCUCAAUCGGUCAUCGGGCGAACGGUAACGAAUUCAUCUCGUUUUAUUCGUCUCGGUUUAACCACGUGGGAAUUUCGUUGGGGUUGAAAUCAUCGGAGAUUUCAUCGAUUUCUAAUACGACGAAAGCGCUCCGAAAUCUUUCGACUCAAAGUUUACGAACACAAGUCUUAGAGCUUCGGCGCAGAUCUCUCGCUGGCUCGGAGCGAUCGCCGGUUUAUCUUUUAACGACGAUCCUACAGCGGGCGAGGAACAAACUUACUGACGGAUGAACUCCGCGUCGAUCCAACAUUCAACAAUGACAUUUACUCCGUUUCGCCUGGCCUUGGAGCGACUUCCUUGUCAGCGAAAAUAGAAGGAAGCACCAAUGACGAGUGAUGCAUCAAUUCAUCAAAGGACGCCAGAUUUGAUCUUACACUUUUCAAUAUUCCGAGCGAUUUUGAGAGUUUAUUUUCCCGCGCUAAAUUCAGAGUCAAUGCCAGUGUCGUGAUACCGUUAAAUCAAAUCAGUCGGAAAGGAAUGAGUUCAAUGGAAACGAGGACCACGGCGCGGAAUGAAACUGCAUCAAGCUGCGAAGAACUUGACGCUUCAGAGGUAAAAGAACUCCGGUGAGCGCUGGCGAUGACACUUGAGAGCUUGACGCCCAAAGAGCUGAUGAUCAAACGUUCGCGGCGCUGAUACGCCGAGUGAUCUGAAUAAAUAAACAGGGAAGAUUGGAGUGUUAAGUUCGUCAGGUGCAUAACCUUGGGGGCUCGAGCGCAAGAUUCGGUUGGACGAAAACACCGAACAACCGAAAAGUUUUGUGUGUGUUAGUGUACUGUAUGUUGGGACUGUGUGCCCGGGGGACUGGGGAGAGAAGCUCCGAAAUGGCUGAAAACAGCGAGACAGAAAAGCCCAGCCAGAACUGGGAGCAAUCGACGGACGGAUCGGUGACGUCAACGACAGUCGUGACCAAAACGAUAACAACGAUUACGAGGGAUCGUCAGGAGUCGGACAAACCUCAGCGCGGUCCAGCUCAACAACCGAUAUCUCUGCAGACGCAAACGCACUUGCAACCAACUACGCUGGACACACAAGCCAACAGAAAAUCGGAGAUCUCGCCCGGCAGCGUAUCGGAUUCAGCGUUCAAUAAUCAAAGAGUCUUUAAGAAGUCAUUACCGAACAACAAGCUCACAUUGUACUUGGUGAGCAGAGACUUGAUCGUGAGCGAUGGAAAAAUCGACACGCUCCAGGGCGUUCUCCUGGUCGACCCUGAGUUCAUACGAGAAAAGAAGGUGUACGGCCAGGUGACCUUGACCUUUCGUUAUGGGAGGGAGGACGAAGAGGUGAUGGGUUUGAAAUUCUGCACAGAGGCCAUCGUCUACAGAGCGCAGCUUUAUCCCCCGUAUCCUGGUGCUGAUCAUCAAGAAGCCACGAGUUCUCUCCAGCAAGCUCUGAUGCGACGAUUAGGACCGAACGCUCAUGCAUUUACGAUGGAAAUUUCGUCCGUGGUACCGCCGUCGGUUCGAUUACUUCCCGCUAAGGAAUACAAUGGCGCACCGAUCGGUACGAGCUACGAUGUCAAAGCUUACGUAGCGGAAAGAGUGGACGAGAAAUUGCACAGAAACACGACAGUGAGAAUGGGCAUCAGGGUGAUACAGAGAACGAAUCCUCCUCCUGCGCCAGCCAACACUCUGUACACAGUACAACCCCAAGCUUCCAAUCGCCAAGAAUGCACCAUCGUGCAAACCACCCGGAUAAUGGAUGCUGAAAACGAGAUCGAGGAACACCCACAGCCGGUGGCACCUAACGCUGCAAUGGAAAAGCCAUUUCUACUUAGCGGGGGAUCAGUCAGACUCGAGGCACGUCUAGACCGGGCAAUUUACGCACACGGUGAUACGAUAACGGUCCACGUCAGCGUCACGAACGAUAGUCAUAAAUCCGUCAAAAGAUUGCAGGUAUUGGUCUUCCAGCACGUGGACGUGUGCAUGUUCACAAGUGGAAAGUUCAAAAACGUUGUAGCUGUGGAAUCGGAAAGGGAAAGUUGUCCGAUAGGUCCUGGCUCGAAAUUGUCGAAGAACUACAGUCUCCGACCGAUAAUGGGUUCGACGAAGAACUGGAUAGCUCUGGAGGACAAUUACACGAAAGCGGGUACGAGCCUGGCCUCGACGGUAGUUUGUACCGGGAACAGUGAAAAGGACCGGGAUCCAUUUGCCAUCAACGUUUCCUACUAUGUCAAGGUGAAGCUGCUAAUCUCGCUAAUGGGUGGCGUCGUCUCGUUGAAGCUUCCAUUUACCCUGAUGCACCGGAACACCGAGCCGGAUCUAAUCGGCUUCCCAUCGCCGGUGCAAGACUAUCGAGAUAAAUUGGAGAGCGCGAAGGACAAUGCUACCGACAAAGGAAACGGAUCAGUAUCGAGCGCAGCAACGAACGACGAUCGGGACGAUAAGAAAUCACUGAUCAGUGCGAAAAAGAAACUCCUCGAACAGAUGGCCAACGUAGAUUUAAUAGAACCGAGCGACGAGCCCGGGAGCACCUGAAAGCAGGUCGGGGUUCACGUGGACGUACCCCGGCCUGCGCCUACUCGACAAAGCACUCAAGAAAUCCUUCGAGUUACUAAAAUCCUUAAAAAUUCGAGCAACCGUACUUGCAGAGAUGGGUUUAGCAUACAACGAGCCUGCUGUUGUUUCAGGAGAGCCUCGUAGUGAAGGACUCUUUUUGGCAGCACUUCCUGCUGCCAAUUAAUCGUAUUAUCGCCUCAUCACGUUCGUUAUUCGUGUGGAACUAUCGAAUACUCGAAAAAUCCAAUUUUUCAUACACCAACAACAACAACAACAACAACAACAACAAUGAGAGAUUUUCAGAGAGAUAAUAUUUCGUCAAAUCUUCAACGACUCGUAUCGUCUUUUCUGUGAGUUCCCGAAAACCCUGUUGAAACCUUUCGUUUCAGAGUCUUUUUAUUUUCUUAAUUAUGAUAACGAACCUUUUUACAAAAUCGUCGAUAAAUUGUUUACCAUUUUCAACGAUUGUUUUAAUAAUCCUAUUUACUUGUAACAUUACUCGUGUGUCCUCGUGAAAAAUCGCUAAACCCAUAUAACAAGAAAACACAAAAAUAUACUUUCACGAUGACGAGUUAGAAUGUUUUUUGUCCAAACAAUUUGUCGGAAACGAAUGUUCCGAAGAGCGCAGAGAUCGUCGAGUUAUUUGCGCUUUUUAUCGAACCAUAAACACUCAGUUCGUUCUUCGUUGUAUUAUUAUUACAGAACAAACGCGAGAGUAUCGAUCUAUUUUGAAAAAAUAUUAUUGCUGCAAGAAAGACGAGACAUUUUUCUAUCUCUCUCUCUCUCUCUCUCCCUCUCUCUCUCUCUCUCUUGAAAAAAAAAAAAAAAAAAACAAAAAAAAUCAUGAAAAAGACAACAGCGUUGUGGGUGGAGUUGUAUGAGUAGCGAUGUGUAUUCCUCAAAACAUCGUUAAACGACGAAAAAUGUCAAUUUAUUUUGUAAAAAAGAUAAAAGAGUGAAAAACAGAUGGAAAAAAGUAGUCGAGAAACAAAGAAAGAUGCAGAGAUUCAUAAACAAUUGGAAUGUCGAUGAAUGCGCGCUCGGGAAAGUAUUCGCGUGGAAACUCUUUUAAACGCGAAUAAAUUUGAAAAUUGAACUAAUGAAAUGACCUACCUCUCCGUUAAUUCCUACUCUUCCAUCGAGGAGUUAACACCUUAAAAGGGACUUUUUUUAAACUGAAUUAUCCACAAACCAACGACUAUUUUUCAAAAGAACCUUCGAAAUUUUCGUACUCGAAUGAAGUCGCCUUAAUCUACUUUCUAAAUUCAAACUGCCAGAUCGUCGUGUAUCACGAUACGCGAAAACCAACCAUUCGAAAAAAGGCUGCUUUUUUUCUCGUACCACUUCGUUGGGAGCAUAAUGUCCGGGCGUUGCCAGCGUCGAGUCGAAUUUUCAUGUUUUCUUUUCUCAAAUACUCGAGCAAACUAUUCGCCAAACUUUUAGAUUGUAAAUACUACGUAUAUGUGUGUAAAAUACCGUGAAUUAUGAGGUUCGCAGUCCGAAUUUUUUAUUCAUUUUAACACGAAACAAAUCUGUCGGGCCAAACUAUAUAUUGUCAUAUCAAAAAGCUCGGGAUAAAAUUCCUAAACCAAUAUUCAUUUCUCUCGUGAACGAUAGACGCACGUCAAGUGCUCUCUGGCUUUUAUUUCAACAGCGAUUAUCUACCUGACGAUUAAAACGUUUAUAUUUUGCGAGACUGAAAAAGACAAUGCUGUUAAUUCAUCAUCGAAGCCUACACUUAUGUAUCCUCAUCAAAAUAAACAUAAGUUCAAUGUA